GGGAGACAAGUAGCCGGCUUGCCUUAGCCUCGCUGCGCUGCUAACCGGGAGCUGCCUGUGCUACAUAUUGAGUGAUGUUUUCAAAGGACUAUCCACAGUGACUCCCAAGAUCUCUUUUGAGUGGGUUUGCUUGUGAGUUGGCCUAUGAGAGGAGCCCAGUGCCCAGAUCUGUUCGGCGAUUACCAGCCAUGUCAGAUGAGGAAGUCCAUCUUUGGUUGGGGGAAUGAUUGCACCACCGCUCAUUAGAAUCAUUCACCAUCUACUCAGUCAUGGCCAAUUCAGUAACUGGGACAUCCUAUGAAUUUCAGGUCCACAGCAUUGAACUCGUUAACCAUUCAGCAGUCACAGCUAGCAUUUAAGGGUUGCAUGGACAGGUGAGAGAAAGCCAGGGUGGUCUGGAGAUGUGCAUACUGCUAGAACUUGGAACAAAUGACUACAUAGGGCCUAAUAAGUGUGUCUGGCACCAUACAGUCUUGUAUUGUCAUAUGUACUCAUGGAAGGGAGAGUUCCCUGUGAGAAGAGUUGCCAUGUUCAGCUAUUAACUGUGGGCAAGAGUUUUCUUAGAAAGUUUUGUCUCAAAGACAGGCCAAUAUGGCAAUGUCAGAUGUUCCACUCUGCAUUUCACUCUCCAGUACUGAGAAUUAGCUCAAAAAGAAGAUGUGGACAGAACAGAAAUUAAAACACUUUUUGGCCUUUGGCUAGAUGAGAAAUUGUGAAAUAAAAAUGGAAUACCCGUAAAUUCCCACCCUUUAUACUCUAGCAAGUGUCAAAGUAUGGCAGAAAUAACAACUGGAUGAUUGUGUUAGAACUUGCUGCUUAGUGUAGUGGUACAAGAGAUGUGUUGAAAUAAACUGCAGGAAUCUAAUUUAGAAAAUUCUUCACCUGUUACCCAGAGGUUGUUCUCCCCAGACUUGGUGUUAUCCACAAAAGUUCCAUUUCAGGUGAAACAGUCACAUUGGAAUUGCAAUGGAAAAUAAAAAAAUGCCCCAGUGUAACCAUUCACAAGAACUUUCUCGCCAGAAUACAUCCAAUGAGUCUCUUAACUCCACUGAAAUGCCGAUGGCUUGGGAUGAGACCACAUUGCUAGGGCUGAGGAUCUUACUAGCCGUCAUUCUGUCUGCUAUCACUCUGGCAACGGUUCUUUUCAAUUCUUUUGUGAUUAUCACCAUUUUUCUGACUAGAAAGCUUCAUACACCUGCAAAUUAUCUCAUUGGCUCCUUGGCCGUGACUGAUCUCUUGGUCUCUAUCUUAGUCAUGCCAAUCAGCAUUGCUUAUACUGUCAGCCACACGUGGGCGUUGGGCCAAGUUAUGUGCGAUAUCUGGCUAUCAUCCGACAUCACCUGCUGCACAGCCUCCAUACUGCACCUCUGUGUCAUUGCGCUGGACAGGUACUGGGCCAUCACAAAUGCUCUGGAAUACACCAAGCGUCGGACGGCUGGCAGAGCAGCCCUCAUGAUAGCUCUUGUCUGGGUGAUCUCAAUUUGUAUUUCUAUGCCACCGCUUUUCUGGAGACAGGCAAAAGCUCAUGAAGAAAUGGCAGACUGUAGUGUGAACACUGACCAGAUUUCCUACACAAUCUAUUCCACCUGUGGUGCUUUCUAUAUCCCGACUGUACUCCUGGUUAUACUGUAUGGGAGAAUGUACAUAGCAGCUCGGUCCAGGAUUCUUAAGCCUCCUUCAUUAUACGGAAAACGAUUUACCACAGCCCACCUGAUUACUGGCUCCACUGGGUCAUCCCUCUGCUCCAUUAACUCUAAUCUUCAUGAGGGGCAUGCCCAUUCUGGGGGCUCCCCUGUGUUUAUCAAUCAUGUGAAAAUCAAACUUGCAGAUAGUAUCCUGGAAAGGAAACGAAUUUCUGCUGCAAGAGAAAGGAAAGCCACAAAAACUCUGGGUAUUAUCCUGGGAGCUUUUAUUUUCUGCUGGCUACCAUUUUUUGUUGUGACCCUGAUCCUGCCCAUCUGUCAGGAUGCCUGCUGGUUUCAUCCGAUCCUAUUGGACUUUUUCACAUGGCUAGGUUACUUAAACUCACUUAUCAAUCCAGUCAUAUAUACUGCUUUUAAUGAAGAGUUUAAGCAGGCCUUCCAGAAACUAAUCCAGUUCAAAAAAUAUUCUUAGUCCUGCUACUUUCUUGUUUUGUCAUUUGUCCCAGUGCAUCCCCACAGCCCAUCUUGUGGCUUGUGGACUCAGGCCUCCAGUUUGGACUGAUAGUUGCUGUCUCUGUUGCUAGUUUGAUGUACAUGUAAUGGAGAACUUCUUGCCAAUCAUUUUGUAUUUAUUUUUUGUCUGUGGUUAUACAUCUUUUCAUAGAACUUCUUCCCGGUCUCUGCAGUGAGCGUGUAUACUUACAAAAUCAGGAGAUGGAGGAAGUUUUGUAAGAAGCGUGCUGGAAUGAAUAGGAAAGCCAAAUCCCCUGCUGUAGUGUGACAUGGGUGUGACACGGUGGGAGCAGAAAUAUGUGUGGGUCCCAACUCUAUUUCUUGUGAAUAGUAUUAGCAGAAAUUCUCAAUUGUGAAUGAGGGUGGCUGCUGCGGGGAAGGUAUAUUAACUUUCGAGACCUUAUCUGAGGGGGAAAUCUCGCUCCCCUGGGGUACAGAGCCCCCAGAAGGGUCUGAGGCCGGAGGUCA